GCUGGUGGCCAAGAUGGCGGCGGAGCUGGUGGAGGCCAAAAACAUGGUGAUGAGUUUCCGAGUCUCGGACCUGCAGAUGCUUCUGGGCUUUGUGGGCCGCAGCAAAAGCGGCCUCAAGCACGAGCUGGUGACGCGGGCGCUGCAGCUGGUGCAGUUCGACUGCAGCCCGGAGCUCUUCAAGAAGAUCAAGGAGCUGUACGAGACUCGUUAUGCCAAGAAACAGGCCGACCCGGGGCCCCCCCAGCAGCCGCCCCCGCCGCCCCAGCCCGCCACCGCACCGCCUCGGCCCCUCGAUGGCCUGGCCGCCGUCCACGCUGCCGCCGCCUACGAGCGCGAGCCCCGGGCCGGCGCGGGGGCCCGGACGCCCCUGGCUGGCCCCAACCUGGACUUCCCGGUGCUCUACGGCAAGUACCUCAACGGACUGAGCCGCCUACCCAAGGCCCUCAAGCCUGAGGUGCGCCUGGUCAAGCUGCCGUUUUUCAACAUGCUGGACGAGCUGCUGAAGCCCACCGAGCUGGUCCCACAGAGCAGCGAGAAACUGCAGGAAAGCCCGUGCAUCUUCGCCCUGACGCCGCGCCAGGUGGAACUCAUCCGGAAUUCCAGGGAGCUGCAGCCUGGAGUCAAGGCCGUGCAGGUGGUCUUGAGGAUUUGCUACUCGGACGCUAGCGGCCCCCAGGAAGACCAGUACCCCCCCAACAUCGCCGUGAAGGUCAACCACAGCUACUGCUCCGUCCCGGGUUACUACCCGUCCAACAAGCCGGGCGUGGAGCCCAAGCGGCCUUGCCGCCCCAUCAACCUCACCCACCUCAUGUACCUGUCCUCAGCCACCAACCGCAUCACUGUCACCUGGGGCAACUAUGGCAAGAGCUACUCGGUGGCGCUGUACCUGGUGCGGCAGUUGACCUCAUCCGAGCUGCUGCAGCGGUUAAAGACCAUUGGAGUGAAGCACCCCGAGCUGUGCAAGGCACUGGUCAAAGAGAAGCUGCGCCUGGACCCCGACAGCGAGAUUGCCACCACAGGCGUGCGAGUAUCCCUCAUCUGUCCGCUGGUGAAGAUGCGGCUAUCGGUGCCCUGCCGGGCAGAGACCUGUGCCCACCUGCAGUGCUUCGACGCUGUCUUCUACCUUCAGAUGAAUGAGAAGAAGCCCACCUGGAUGUGCCCUGUGUGUGACAAACCUGCGCCCUAUGACCAGCUCAUCAUAGACGGGCUCCUCUCCAAGAUCCUGAGCGAAUGUGAGGACGCUGAUGAGAUCGAAUACCUGGUGGACGGUUCGUGGCGCCCGAUCCGGCCCGAGAAGGAGCGAAGCUGCAGCCCACAGUGCUCCAUCUUGGUGCUUGGCAACUCGGAUGCCAACAGGCUCCUGGCUGCCCCCAGCAUGAACGGCAGCGGUGGAGGUGGCAGCACGGCGGGGGCGCUCGGGGGCGCCGGCGGAGGUGGCCCGGGGGGUGGCCCCGAGAAUGGCAAGGCCAGCGCUGACGUGGUAGACCUGACGCUGGACAGCUCGUCGUCCUCUGAGGACGAAGACGAGGAUGAGGAAGACGACGAGGAUGAGGACGACGAGGGGCCGCGGCCUAAGCGCCGCUGCCCGUUCCCCAAGGGGCUGGUGUCGGCCUGCUGACCGGCUGCUGGCCUCCGGACCCCUCUUCCAGGUGCUCUCCCGGGAGCGAGCGCGGAGAUCGAAGGAGCGCACGGACAGACGGACGGACGCACUAACGCACACUGGCAGGGCUGCAAGGCGGGCCUCGGGGCACAGGAGCAGGAGCCAACCUGACCCUUGUCGUCACCACCGUCCGUUGGACCGAUCCUUUUUCCAGGGCACCCCUUUUCCCCCAGCGCCCAGCGCCUGCAGCACCUAGACUGUGCAAUGGGAGGAUCAAAGGAAAAAAAAAAAGACAAAAACACACACAGACACAGGCAAAACAACAAAAAAU